GUACAUUUCAGCGAUGCUUAUCCUUUAGCCUUUUACAUUUCAAGGAAGCUUUUAUUAUAUAAAUCAUCCUGAAGCUAGUCUUUGUUAUGAAAUUGAGAGAGAGUAGAACACUAAAUUAGCAAAAUGGCUGCAAAAACAUCAAAUUUAGUUGCUCUUCUUCUCUCUUUGUUUCUUCUGCUUCUAUCUAUCUCCUCACAAGUUGGACUAGGCGAGGCCAAACGCAACCUACGUAACAAUUUGCGUUUGGAUUGCGUUUCCCAUCCCUCUCCUCCUCCUCCUCAUCGUUCCAUGGCCCCUCCAAUUUUUGUACCGCCUUCUACAUCACACAAAGGACAAGGCCCAUAAACAAAAUCAUACAAGUAACCGAGAAGAAGUGAUCAAAAUUUCAUACCAAAAAAAGAAGUGAUCAAGAUUCCAUAUAGAGAAAAGAGUAUUGUGUAAGAAGAAGGGUCAAGAUUUUUCUUUUAUUGGGUCAAGCUUUUACAAGUUGACUAUUAUAAAUUAUACAACUUAUUGUGUCUUAUACAAGUUGAACCUUUUCAGAGCAUGUUGGAAUUUUAAAUCAUAUAUUGUGAAUAUAUAUGAAUAUGUUGUAUAUCUUAUAUAAUAAAGUCAUUUUAGAUAAAUUGAUUAUUGUACUCUCUUUUCCACAAAUUAUAGUAUUUUAAUCAGAACUAUUUUUUUGUUAUUCGAACUGAAACCGGC